CGGGCGCCGCGCCUGCGCAGAGCGGGCGGGCCGGCGGCGUGCGUGUUGUUGUGCGGCGGCGGCAAGAUGGCGGCGCACGGGGGCUCUGCCGCCUCCUCGGCGCUGAAGGGGUUAAUCCAGCAGUUCACCGCCAUCACGGGUGCCAGUGAAAGUGUGGGAAAACAUAUGCUUGAAGCAUGCAACAAUAAUCUGGAGAUGGCUGUCACCAUGUUUCUGGAUGGUGGAGUCAUAGCGGAGGAGCCUAGCACCAGCUCUGCAGGGGUGUCUGCUGUUCGACCGCACAACGAGGAUGAAGUACGAGCUCCAAUUCCUCAAAAACAGGAAAUUUUAGUAGAGCCUGAACCCUUGUUUGGAGCUCCUAAAAGACGCAGGCCUGCGCGCUCAAUAUUUGAUGGCUUUCGGGAUUUUCAGACAGAAACCAUUCGUCAGGAACAGGAGCUACGAAAUGGAGGGGCAGUAGAUAAGAAACUGACUACUCUAGCAGACCUCUUCAGGCCUCCCAUUGAUCUGAUGCACAAAGGCAGCUUUGAAACGGCCAAGGAGUGUGGUCAGAUGCAGAACAAAUGGCUCAUGAUAAACAUUCAGAAUGUGCAAGAUUUUGCCUGUCAGUGUCUCAACCGCGAUGUCUGGAGCAAUGAGGCUGUGAAGAACAUAAUCCGGGAACACUUCAUUUUUUGGCAGGUAUACCAUGAUAGUGAGGAAGGACAGAGGUACAUACAGUUUUAUAAAUUAGCAGACUUCCCUUAUGUCUCCAUCCUGGAUCCCAGGACAGGCCAGAAACUAGUGGAGUGGCACCAGCUAGAUGUGACUUCUUUCUUGGACCAAGUGACUGGGUUUCUGAGUGAGCAUGGACAGCUGGAUGGCCAUUCCACCAGCCCUCCCCAAAAAUGCUCUCGUUCAGAGAGUCUCAUUGAUGCCAGUGAGGACAGCCAGUUGGAAGCUGCUAUCAGAGCCUCGUUACAGGAAACUCAUUUUGAUUCCUCACAAGCCAAGCAGGAGAGUCGGUCAGAUGAGGAGUCAGAGUCAGAGCUGUUUUCUGGAAGCGAAGAGUUUAUUUCGGUUUGUGGAUCUGAGGAGGAGGAGGAAUCAGAAAAUCCUGCCAAGUUGAGGAAGUCUCCGCACAAGGACUUGGGGUAUAAAAAAGAGGAGAGCCGGAGGCCUCAGCCUGAGCCCCCUGCAAGGACUGAGCCUAGCACAACACCAAAUCACAGAGUACUGCCCUGUAUUGAUGCAGGGAUACUAGAGGAGUCAACUGACAAGCCUGAAAGUACAUUUCAGGGCCUAGAUGUGAAUGGACCAAAGGCACAGCUGAUGCUAAGGUAUCCAGAUGGAAAGAGGGAACAAAUUUCACUGCCCGAACAAGCUAAACUGCUGGCUCUUGUGAAACAUGUGCAGUCAAAAGGAUACCCCAAUGAACGCUUUGAACUUCUCACCAACUUCCCUCGAAGGAAACUCUCCCACCUGGACUAUGAGAUCACGUUACAGGAGGCAGGCCUGUGUCCUCAAGAGACUGUCUUCGUGCAGGAAAGGAAUUAGCACCAUGGCCUGAGUUCUCCCAGCCUUCCUCCCCUCUCCUCUUUGCCUGGGACACCAACUCAUUAAAUAUGCAGUUGAGGGUCAUAGGAUUGCAGUGCUGAAAUCAGGCAGGCAGCUGGCUGGCCCUUCUCUCUCUUCUUCCCUUCUCCUGCUCUAGUGACCAAAUGAGUGUUCAGAGUUUUAUUUUCUUCCUCAACCUGGGCCCUGUGGAGAGCAUUGGGAAGAAUGUCUUCCCUUUGUUUCCAUGGAAUAAAGUAAAACAGUGAUCCGUGUAUCCAGUAUGCUGGGGCUUGGAGUGGCCAUAAUACACAUACCCUUCUUGCUGCUAUUUUUCAAUCUGUUCUGUUUAAUUUAUUUUUGAAAAUAGUGUGUGAUAAGGCACUGAGUCAUCUCUCUGUAAGGAGAGAGUGUAAUCUUAAGUACAGUCUUCCCUUUGUUUCAUUUCUCUGCACAAAAGGUCUCCAUUAACCUUGCAGCCUUCUUAAGGGUUCGCUUACCUAGUGCUCUGAAAACUUGUGUUUUGGGAAGGAAUUGGGUUGAGCUGUGGUGAGAAACCUUGCCUCCAUCUAAUUUAAAGGCUUCUAGAUUGCAUGCAUGGUUUCCUCCUCCUUUAAAUGCUGCCAGCGGACAAUUAAACAAAAAACCCAACCAACCAAAACACAAACCCUAGCUAUACUUUGGGUCAAGCAAUGAAUGACAUAUAGAGGGAAAGCUGCAAGAAAGAGAAAGCCACUGUUGGAGCAGAACUGACUCUUUGGUAGGCGUAGGUGGGGUUUCCAUUUGUCCUCUCCCAAACAUCCCCAUAGUGUCUCCUUUUUCCUUUCUCUCAGGAUUUUGCAGGUGCUGAUGGAAGGUUGGCUUUUUUUUCUUUGCAUGGUGUUCUGUUUUCUCCAGGAGUGAGUAGCUUUGCAGGGGUUUUAGAGCACUGACUGCGAUUGAGCAGGACCCCAAGGUCUAGGCAGGAUUUCUUUCCUUAAUUAAAAACAUACAGAGCCUUGUCAAACCAUGGAAUGAAUUAGUGCUUUAUAAAAGACUUCACAGCCUGGUGGCUUGAAUGCUCUAGGCUGCUUUUUAUUCUAUGCUCAUGUUAAUCUACUGUCACUUGCUUCUAAGUCUGGGAGGCUGUAUGGAAAACUACUCCUUUAUUUAGGAUUUCUUUUCAGCUCUGGAAGCUGGCACCAGAUGUCAUGCAGAUGUAUCCUGUAUGUACACUGGGCCAUGCAGAGUGCCCUGUUUUUCCAGUGUCUUCUGUAGACAUUGAACUGUUGAUCAGUUGGUGUUACAGUAGGUAUUACAGUGGGAUACAAGUUAACUAACCCAGCCAUCCUCAAGGUGAAUGUUGAAUUUGUAUAUUGACAGCUCAGAACUCAGUUUAGCAUGCUCUUCAUCAGUGAGGAAUAAGGCAUGUGAGACCUGCCAUAACUGCUAACUUUUUCUGCAACUGUCAGAUGGUUAUACUUGUUAAAGAAAAAUACUUCAGUGGUCACAAAUUUACCAUGGACUAAAACUUUUCAAGAUAUUUUGCCUUUAAUUUCAUAUUAGCCUGCAAACUUUGGAGUCUUUAAAUGUAGUAAAUCACAGAAAAUGUCUUGCAUUCCCCAUUCCCCAUCAUAAUAUUAGUUCACAGCUGUCUUCUGCUCAUAAUUGAGGUUUCACAUGUAAUCAUACACUUGUAUAAAUUCAUCUCCCUUCUACAGAAAACCUAUUUUGCAUUCUACUACAAGAUGCAGUAUCGGGAAAGCAAAAUCUGACCACAGUUUCCUGAUCAAUGGCUGAUGUGACAUCAGAUGUCAUUUUUGGUUUGUAAAGAGACCCUGUCGUGGAGGCUGCUUCCCAGCAUCAGGAAGAGAAUUACAAGGCCAGCAGAGGAGGGGUCAUGUUGUGUUUGGUCUGUGAAGCAGCAGUGUCACCUCUAGACAGAAUGUUCCUUUGUGUUUCUAGGAUAUCCAGAUUCAUAACUUAGACUUGGACGUAUGAGAGAGCAGGACAGAAGGAAACCUUUUCUGUGUAGGUCUGAUACUUCCUUAAGUAGUUUUAGCCACCUAGUUGAAAUAACUCACUCUGACGUUUGUUGCCUUGAAACUCAUUACCUCUUGUUCUGUGGUUAGCCAGAAGAAAAUUCAGGCAGGCUGCCAACAGGAUGCAGUACCCAACAUGUGUACAGAUAGCCCUUUCGUGUCCCUUGGGCAGGCUGGAACGGGAGCGUGUUGACCUUUCCUGCUCUCCAGCCUGCUCCUGCCAGUGUAAGGCAGGGACCCUUUGUGGUUCCCCUGAUUCCUCUCUGAAGUUGUUGCUGGUUGGCUGUGUUUGCUGGUGGAAGGGCGACUUGUUUUGGACAGGCUUGGGUUUGUAUCUGCUCUGGGAACAUUGUUCCACAUGAACUUCUCUAGCAGUUAAUUAAACAUACAAAAUUGACUCUUCAGUCCCAGGCCUGUUUUAUUGGUACCUCUUCCCCCCUGCCCCAGUGCCCUAGUUGUACUGAUGUACAUGGGGCUAGCCCCUGACGUGUUGAAGCAAUUGAUAUAAAAUAACUAACAACUGUACCAGUAGUGGGGAAGAGGGGAAACUGCAUUGCAGGCAGGAGCAUGAACUUCUUCCAUUGGUUCUGCUGCUGGAUAGAUCGUGCGCUGUGUGGUGCCACACAGUGUACGUUCCUUUCUUACCCCCUCUUUCAGAGCUAAGCAUGUGAGCUGCAGGGCAGCGGGCAGCUGACAACUCCUUCCUUUCUUCUCUGCUCAGCAAUAAGGAAACGAGUAGCCUUACACUCAUCAUCUUGCUAUCAAAAACAAAACUGGGAGCCCUACGUCAGCUUUUUGUUGCUUUUGUUACGCCAAGAGCAGCUUGGUCACCUCUCAUGAGGAAGCAAAUGUUGCGCUUGGCUGCUCCAAGUGUAUUAAACCAUCAAGAAACAUGCCUCUUGAGCAUGGUAAAUGGCUUUGCCUGCUGGUGUAGCAGCACCAGGAGUGUUUUGCCCUUGUUUCAUUUUUUUCCUUCUUGAUGUUGUUUUUAGAAAAAUAUUAAUAUUACAACCUAACAGGGAAAGAAGAAUGUGAAAUGGAAGAUUUACACUGAAAAUGGGGUUUUUGUUUUCCUUCUGUCUUGCAGUUCCUAGUAGUUUGUUCUGUUCCAAAAAAUUAUGAGCCUCUUUGUUUUGUUUCUGUGGCAUGAUGUGUUUUUUCUUUCAGUUUAGUUUUGCGUUGGUCUGUGAGCAGGAGGCAGAGAAAAAAAAAAACUUUUAAGAAAUAUGCAUCCCUGCAUGUGGCUCUUCUCUUUCCCCGUUCUUCCCAACCCAAAUAAAAGCAGUGCUGCAGCACACGUGUCAGUCAGCUGUGCUGUGGUGGAUGAAAGCUGUUAAGUGUGUAUGCGCGUAAUAGCCUUGUAAAAUAUAGUUGUCUAUAAAAAGGCAUCCAAAGGUACCAUUAUUUCUAAGUGAUUUCAGCAGCAAUUUUGCAUCAGCAUACUUUCCAGAGAUCACUAGAUCUACUGCCUUGCUAUUACAGGAGAAUAACACCUCUCGUCUGUAAAGCAUGUCUGUUGUUCACUGCUGCAAACAGCUUGCGUUACACAUGGUCCGUGAAUUUCAUAGCCCUGUUUUUUAAAGACUACCAAAUUUAUAUUCUUAUCUGCACCAGCUUAUACCAGCUUCCACUUUUACUGGUGCUAUGGUUUGUACCCUUGCAGAAACUGGCAGCUGGUUUUAUUACAUACUUUAAUAAAUAAACCUCACUGCUGAAGAGCCUGAUUUCUCAAAUUUCUGUUCUUGCUGGAGCACCGAGCUUGUUCACAGGGCUCAAGAGCAACAAAGGCUAAACUAAAAGCAAUUUUCUUUUGAGGCCAAGACAUCACUUGGGCUGCAUUUCAUCAGGUACAAAACGCUGUGGAGAUGCAUAAAAUGUGGUGUUGGUGGUUGUUUUUCUGAACCACAUAGAGACCUGUGUGGGAAUGUCCAUGUGAAUGGGAAGACACAUGUGAUUUCAGGAACUAAUAAUUUAAUUUUUAUCCCUUCCUAGUUUUUAGUAAAUAUCACUACCUUCUUGUUUAAUCUCUUCUAAUCAAGUUAGUAAAAAAUAAGUGGUCCUGUAUUCCAAGAGGAGGAGGUGUAGCAGAGGUGUGCUUUAGAUGGGUGAAGUGCAAAGUCUCAGUCCUAUAAAGACUGGGUGUGCCUUGUCCAGCUAUUCUAAUACAUUUGAAUGCAGCCCCUCCCCCACCCUUUAAGAGAAAUUAUUUUCUAUAAAUGGAACAGAAACUGUUUUAAAGGCAAAACAAAAGUCAUGUUUUGAGCCCUAUGUUGGCCAUCUGCGUAUUUAGAAAUAUCCGCGGUCGCAUGUUUGGAGUGGAUCUGAACGAGUUUGACAGCAGGCUGUUGAGGUCUGUUGGUUUACAUUCUGAAGAGACAGUCUUGCCAAGGUUUCCCCUGCCCGAGCCCAAGAUCUUGCCACAGUUUGGUUGUACUCUGCCAUAUGCUUCUGAACCAGCGAGGUUAAUGGAUACCCUUUCUGUGAUGUUGUACAGGAUGACUUUUUACUCUAGUCUCCUCUUGUCCGUGAGAUGCUUAGUGUCUGUUCGCUCCCAAUAAAUAUAGCCAUAUGUAUAUGCAUAUAUAUAUAUACACACACAUGCAAGUGUUUUUAAUAGGAGAAUGCGGCACUUUACACCAGUGCCUCAACUUGCCUCAGUUUUAUCUUCUGUUGUUUUACAUGGGAAUAUUAUAAGUGAUGGCUGAAGUUUGGGAUUUGGUCACUGUCGUUAAUUACUGUGAGUGUCUGCAGUACAGAGAAAAGUAAUUUCGUAACUGCUUGUUAAUGGUGCUGAGACUUUAAGAUAUAGAAGGAUAGAUAGUACAUGGAGCAGGGGGACGAGGUGCUAUUUUAUAGAACAGAUUUGUAUGAAGAACAUCUGGGUAAAACUCAACUCAGAAGUGGUGCCUCAUCAAAGGCACCAGACUAUAGGAUAGGUGCUUUUUUGUUUUUGGUUUUGUUUUUGUUUUUUUUAAAUGAGGCUGUUUCCUCUAAUUGGUGAACUUACAGUUUCAAAAUUAUGACUUUGCCUGUUAGUUUUUAUGGUAGGCACUUUCUUUUCUUCAGUGAUGGUGGCUUCAUGUGGGAGGAGGGAGAGGAUUAAUUUGGAAGAUUUCAGCUCACUGUGCUGGGAGGGACCAAACUCAAGGAAACCUCUGAUCUAUAUACACAACUGCUGCAUUUUUUUAUAAAUAUAUGUAAAUGUCCUAUUGUAAUAUUUGAUCCUGGAAAUAAAACGAACUGUUUUCAGUA